AUGGAACCAGAGCUGUCCCCUGCCGCUCUCCUCAAGGCUAUCACAGCCCUCACAGCCACAGUUGGGUCCCUGCAGGACCAAAUCCGUGCUCAAAGCCAGCAAAUCACCAAGCUUAGAGCCAUAUGCAAGGAAACAGCGGACCUCCUUGGGGAUAAAGACCAAGGAGCCCCCCAAACCCAGCCUGGCCCAACAACUGGGCCUACUACCCCUCCUACACAUACAGGAGGGGAAGUCCACACUCCAGGCACGGUUAGGCCUGGACUCAAGGCCCCGUUCCGCCCCUCUAGAGGAAUGGGUUAUGACUCAGAAGAGGAAGAGGAACCCAAGAGAGCCCCAAAGAAAGAGCCUAAGCUCUCUUACACCCUUCAAUUCAGGGGGGAUUCCAGGGGAAGAAAGGCAACCCAGUGGCUAGAUUGCAUGCUACUUUGGGUUGCGCUUCAUCGAGACCAAUUCAAUGAAGAAGAGCAGAUGGUUGUGUGGAUACUAUACCACAUGACAGACAAGGCAGCCAACUGGGCACUUCCCCUCAUUGGGGCUAUUAUCAAGGGCAAGGGCAACCCUCCAACCACCAUACCGGCCUUAACGGCCAAAUUCAAGGAGGCCUUUGACGACCCCGAUGCCAAGAGGGCUGCUGCCAGAAAAAUUGCGGCUCUCUCCCAAACUACCACAACCUCUGAGUAUGUCACGGAGUUCCGCAACCUCAUAGCGGAAUUAGACUGGAACAAAGAGGCCUAUAUUGCGCAGUUCACGCGAGGCCUCCACUGGAAAGUCAAGGAACUGCUAUCAACCAAGGAUAGUGUUCCCAAUGAACUCAAGGCAAUUUUUGCGGCCUCUAUCAAAAUUGACAACAUCCGCCGCGAAAAUGAGGAGAAUUGCCCUAAAAAGGCACCAGCCAAGUCCCCGGCCACUGUGGCCACCUCCACUACCACCACCAGGGUCCGCCUGUCCGAGGACCCCAAUUAUGUCACUCCGGAGGAACGGGAUUGUCGCCGCGCAUCAGGACUUUGCGUCAAGUGCGGUCAGAAGGGCCACGGGAUCAAACAAUGUCCCAAUGGCUGGAAGGCUACCAUCAAGGAGGUAGCUAAGGUUGCAGAGGAAGAAGGGUCGGGAAAAGACUAA